AUGGCCGUGGUAUUAAGAAAGAGAACCAGAAAAUCCUUGAAAUUGGAAGUGGAGCCUGAGACAGAAUCGAAAUAUUUCAAGAAAUCCAAAACGGUUAAGAAGGAGAAGAGUAAGGUCAUUACAACGACGAAACGUACAAAAAAAAUUAAGACAGAGGCCACAUCGGUGAUUACAAACACAUUCCAAGAUGAUGUGGACACUGAUUGGGUUAAAACUUUGAAUAACAAGGACUAUUUUGAAUGGUUAGCCACUAGAACAGGGAACGUUCCAAAUAGAUGGAGUGUACCAUUGCCUGGUAAUGCCUUCGAGAAUAAUACGGGGAAACCCAUACCAAAGAAUUUUAAGAAGAUUUAUAUGAGAUUAAGGAAUAUGAGAAGUACUAUCAUAACGCCGGUCGACCUCAUCGGUGGAUCUUCCAUUCCGAUGACGAUAGGCCAAAAAUGCGGUAUUCCAAAGGAUAAAAUUGAACCAAAGAAUUACAGGUACCAAGUAUUGACAAGUGUUAUGUUAUCUGCCCAAACGAAAGAUGAAGUUACUGCUAGAGGAGUAGAAAAUAUAAUGCGAUAUUGUAUCGAGGAAUUGAAUAUUUCUCAAGGCCUCACUUUAGAGGGGAUACUUCAAAUUGAUGAGGAGACCUUAGAUCAAUUGAUUAAACAGGUUGGAUUCCAUACUAGGAAAGCAAAAUUUAUCAAACAAACUGCUCAGAUGUUGGUAGAUAAUUUUCAAUCGGAUGUUCCCACUGAUAUACCAGGUCUACUAUCGUUACCAGGUGUAGGUCCAAAGAUGGCAUAUCUAACCUUACAAAAGGCAUGGGGCAGAAUGGCUGGGAUCUGUGUGGAUGUUCAUGUGCACCGUUUCUGUAGGCUAUUCAAAUGGGUAAAUCCAAAAAGUAAAAACCCUGAAGAAACUAGGAAGGAAUUAGAAAGUUGGUUACCACAUCCUCUUUGGCGUGAAAUUAAUAGUUUAUUGGUUGGAUAUGGUCAAAUUAUUGAUAGGGCAAGAGGUAAGAUACCGACAGAUAUUAUCAAAAAGGAGAAUGAUAAGCCAAAAAAAGAGAAUAAAUAUCUGGAAUUUGAAAGUUUAGAACAGGAUUUUAGGAAGCAUAUGACAGAUUAUGAAGGUUGGGUUAGGUAUUUAAACGCAGAAGCAAAUAAGAUUAAAGAUGAAGAGGACAUUAAGGCUGAGGCAAUUUUGGAUAGCAGUGACAUUUCUAAUAUACAUAGCGAUAUUACUGUUAAGGAGGAAGAUAAUCAUCUCAUCCCAGAAGAUUUAGCAACUUUAGAGGACAUAAAAAUGGAAACCGACAAUUCUUCUAUAGCUGUGAAGAAAGAGGAAAGCUAG